AUGAUUGUACUAGCAAGGAAGGAAAUUGCUGAUAAACUGAAUCCUAAACUUAAUGCUGCCAACGGUACAUUGGUCAAUAGAUUGAAAUUCGGUGAAUCAGGAAAUUCCAAUGUGCAGCAAGAAACAGAGAUUGGAUGCAUGAGAAGUAUAAAGAUAAAGGCCGUUGUCUGGUUCCCAGGUUUGCAAGUGACACCUGGAAUGAAAUUGAAGAGAUGGUCUGGAUGUAGGAAAAUGAGAAGCAGAAAAUGUAUUUAUGGGCAGAAAAUAUUCACAGGACCAAGGCAGCAAGAGCUUUUAUCUCGUUUACUAACAAACAUGUCAGAGGAAUGUCACAAAAAAUUACUUGAGGUGUCCAAGACAUUUGUAGAGGGGAAAAUGCUUCUAGAAGAUUAUGUUUUUACUUUAAAGGCCUCUGUUGGGCUCAAAGCGCUUGUUGAGGGAGUAGGAGUUGGUAAGGGGAAAGAAGAUCUUACAGGUCUCACCAUAGAUUCCACGAGGUCCACUCAAGCACUUCCUGUUCGUCAAGAAAUACCAGUUGGCAAAGCAUGUUCAAUGCUUGCACCUUCAGAAAUAAUAAGCUUUCUAACAGUUGAUUUCAGAUUAAGUAAAGCUCGAACAAGUGAUCUCUUCUGGGAAGCUAUUUGGCCUCGUUUACUUGCCAGAGGUUGGCACUCUGAGCAGCCAGAUAAUCAUAAUUAUGCUGUUGCUUCUAAGAAUUCUCUUGUCUUCCUUGUCCCUGGGGUCAAAAAUGAUGUCCUGGGUAAAGUUGCUUCUGACCCUGAGCUAAUUGAGCUUGAGACAAUUGCAGAUAAUGAUUGCACUAGCAAGGAAGGAAAUGGGUUGACAAAAGAUACAAAACUGGACAGCGAAAAUUCCGCUGAUCAGCCCCGCCACUGCUGUCUCAAGGUAAAAACUCCAAAUCGCAGUUCGGAUGUCAUGAAAUUUACUGUUGUGGACACAAGUCUGGCUAUUGAAAAGAUGGCAAAGGUGAGAGAACUGAGAAGCUUGCCAUUUGGAGUUUUAAAAGCUUGUAGUUUUGAAAAUGACUCAGAUGAUGAGAAUAGUUCAGAGGAGCAAGCAAAUGAAUCUGUGUCUGUCAAUAUCAUAUGCUUUGAUCGGGGAGAUAAUGAUAAUACUAAAGCCAAAAACAAUGCUUCAAAAGAGGAGCUUCCAAGGAGCAGCAUGGGUUCGACUAGUCUAUCUGCCGUCUCCACGGACCCUAAGACAGAAUGCUUAAGCAACGCACAGAGACGAGAUGGUAUGAAGUGCCAAUCACUGCUGAGAAUGGCAUCUGAUAACAAUAAUGAUCUAGUUCCUGUCACAAAAAGGAGUAGAUUAAAGGCCUGUAGCCGAGCAAAGAAAAAUAGCAACAGUGCCAAUUUCUUUGUGGUUCCGAGAGUUAAAAAGGAGGCCAGUUUUUGUCCAGAUCUGGACAAUUCAAAUUCUACUGAGAAUGUAACUGCUAACUUCUUUGUUGCUCCCAGAGUAAAGCAAGAGAAAGCCAGCUACUGUCCUAACAAGUCUAAAUUUAGUGAGAAUGUUCUUUCAUGGGUAGUUCCACCCCAGGAUAAGUCAUUAGCAGGUUUUCCAACCCAGAAGAACAAGACAUUAGCAGAUUCUCUGGAAAUAAGAACAGUUUCUUCCCCAAACAAAACAGAGAUUCUGAAUGCGUGGGGUUACGAUGCUUGGAGUACGCAAAUGGAAAAGUGA